UGCCGUCUGCGACAUCCCUCCCCGUGGCCUCAAGAUGGCUGCCACCUUCAUUGGCAACAGCACGGCCAUUCAGGAGCUGUUCAAGCGCAUCUCAGAGCAGUUCACCGCCAUGUUCCGCCGCAAGGCCUUCCUCCACUGGUACACCGGCGAGGGCAUGGAUGAGAUGGAGUUCACAGAGGCUGAGAGCAACAUGAACGACCUGGUGUCUGAGUACCAGCAGUACCAGGACGCCACCGCUGAGGAGGAGGGCGAGUUUGAGGAUGAAGGCGAAGAGGACCUGGCCUAGAUGCCCACCCCAAUGUUUUCUCCCCAUAUUCAACAGUUAGUUAGGGCGUGGUCAAUAUUUUUCAAAAGCAUCAUUGUAGAUUUAUUGACAAUUUGCUUUUAUUCAAUAAAACGACAGUUUUAAAGAAUCGCACAGUAGUUCCUCUGAAUGUCGCACAAUAACAGUUCUUGUCCCGCCUUGUUCUUUAAACGUCUGUUGUGUUCUUACACGUUCUGUUCUUCCUUCCUGCUUUGGAUAUCAAUGUUCUUACCUUGUGUCUUUUGUUCACUCUUUUUUUCAAGUUGCAAGGUUCAUUUGUUAUGAAACAGAACAUAACAGUGACCAGUUAAAGGCACUGAAUUUGACAUGGAGCUUAAUUGUUUUGAAGGAACUGUUCACUGUUACAAUGUGUGUACUGGGAUGUUAUAACAUCAAAUGUGAAGAUGGAUUUUAAUAAAAGAGUUAUGAUUUGGUGCUA